UGUGGUUGGAAAUUUGAUAAAGUUCCUGUUUAACAUAUUCCUUGAAUUCUAUAGCGACUAUCAUCGGAGGAAAUACACACGUUAGUUAAUACAGUUUUCAGGAUUACAUUAUGCAUAUUGGGGUAGCAAUAUCGUCAUCUUGAAAACACCUGCGAUAUAUCAGGUAUUCGAUUUGGAGGGAAGUCGUUGGUCGUUGAGCGUUCACAACUGGAACAGGUUAGGACAAGUCUCCUUUCCCCAGUCUACAGUGUCGGGUGGUGGGACUCGGUGGGGGGAUGUGUACCAGUGGUGUUCCAGCCAGCUCCAGCCAUGGGGUCAGCCGGUCGGGCUCAUCGUAUGCCCUGUGUGCCCUUGGGGUGGGGCUCAUAGCCCUGGGCAUUGUCAUGAUUGUGUGGACAAUGGUUCCCGGGGAUGCUACCCAGACAACCAAGACUCUAGGCAACUCCAGUAUAACAGAGCCAGCAGACCAUGGUGAGGAUGGCGAUGGCGAGGAGGACAAGGAAGCAGCGAAGACCUUAUCAAUAGCCUAUGUGCUGGUGGGGGCAGGGGUGGCCAUGCUGCUACUGUCUAUCUGCCUGGGGGUGAGGAACAAUCGGAGGAAGCACCAGAGAAGACAGGAGACACUGGCCAUAGGAGUCCGCUUCGUGGACCAUGUGGCUGGGGAGACAGGAGAGAAUUUAGAUGAGUCAGUACCAGUCUACAACGUGCCCAGCUAUGAGGAGGCGGUCACCAGUGGCCAGUUCCCCAUCCGCCAGAGCAACUUACGCCAGAGCAACUCCCAGCUGCCUUCCUACGAGGACCUCAUUAGUGCUGUGGAAAACGAGGGUGAGGGACCAAGUGCUGCCCCAGUUAAGGAGGCUCAUCCUAGCAGUCCCACUCCUGAGCUCCAGCCCGCCGCUGCAGCCAACCCCCACAGCAGCAGCCGAGCCGGCCGGGUACUACGGCCCAACAGGGUACGCAGAAUCAAGUCUGAGAAACUCCAUCUGAAGGACUUUCGUUUUAACAUUCGCAACCCUACUGAUGCGAAGGUGACCAUUGAACCAAUCACUCCGCCACCACAGUAUGACGACAAGAUGCCUGAGUUCUGACAGCACGCCACUGCUUAUAACUAUAAGUUAACUAUCGAAGAUGUGCCAAAUUAAAUUAUCCAGCUCAGGGAGCCAGCUAUUCAUUUUGUUUGCUAACUUGCUAAGUGGCUAGCUUGCAAGAUCAAGCUUCUUGGUUAUAGCAGACAGUCAAUCCCCUCCUGGAUCAAGAUCCCUGCUACCUACAUUUGUUUUGUGCAUCAAAUUUCUAGGAUUUCAAAUUACUUUUUUACGUUUGGAAAGAACUAGCACCCCUUGUGUGCACUGCCGGUAAUACUGUAUAUCACGGUAUGGUACAGGAAUGGUGUGAAGGUAAGAACCUGGAUACCGCACAACCCUGCCCUACAGGACACACUGCACCAAAUACCCUAGUUUCAGACUCCUAAUGAUCCUUACACCUCUGAAGCCACUUCCAUACCAGUCGAAAUAACUUAUCUCUGAACUCUCAAAAGCUGUUUUUCCACCAAGUUUUGGAUAAGGGGAAUAAUGGGGUGUUAACACUCUGUGGAGACUAGAGAUUCUGACCGCCAGUGUGACCCCCCCUCCUUUUUCUCUCCAUAAGCGCACUUGGCCGUUCUUCUUCAGUCUGCUGAUGCAAUCAGGUCCUCAAACUCAGGGGAGCGCCAGGGUGGGGAGGUUAUUAAAAAUGCAUCGGGGUCCUCUGGGUCUGUCUCCACAUCAGACAUGAUGUCUUCAGUUGCCCCUACAAAUCGCUGCUUCUUUUCGGCAGAGUUCUUUUGACCGACUGUCUUGAACGCUUGAAUCUCAAAGCUAAAAAAAAAAUAGCACAAGUCUCAACUUUUAAAAACUCAGUACUGUAUUUAAAAUGUAUGGAUUGGUUUACAUUUAUAAUCUAACCCGUCUCUGGCGACGCAGUCUUCUCUUUUGUAUGUUCCAUUCCUUUGCUCUGUCUGCGGUGUCUGACGACUUAUGCAUCUCUUUCAGUCCAACACCGAUUUGCAGCUGCAUCUGAGGUGACAGUGUGGUCUAUUAGCAAUGGUUAUAUGCUUCAAAAUCGUUGAAAAAAGGAUCAAAUGUAGAAUAUUGUUGCAGUCAGUCCAUGUCUUCAUAGGACUACUCGCCUUCAAAUUCUGCCAUGCGCCUCUCUCUAUCUGUGUACCUUCAUCUCAGCUGACUGACCAGCAGACAGUACACAGGUAUUGUGCGGACUGUUGUUCCUGAGACAUUAGUUGACAAAGAAAGGUCAUGCAUGAUAUUUGCACUAACACUUAAUAUUAUAUUUGAGAAUGCUAAAAUAACCAUCAUACAAGAACCUACCCUGAUUGCUUGGUUGGACUUUUUCCCCAAAAAACUAUUGUCAAAUUCCAAGUCAUAAGUGAUCACAUUUGUCUUCACUUUUCUUGCGGCUUAUACUAUAUUUGUCCUCCUCGCCAGCAUUAAUGUGUAGAUCCCUUACUGCCCGCUAUUAAAACAGAAAAGAGCAUCAUUAGUAAAUUAACAUGAUUCAAAUAUUCAAUGUUAGCUACCACCAGUGUGCAAGUUGCAAAAGUAAACAUUGAACUUACGGAUAGCUCAUUCCUUUUUGCCUGACGAACGCCCGUCAUCCAUUCAGGUGCAGUCGCUGCAGAAGUGCUUAGCUGUAGCUGCUGCUGUUGUUGUUGUUGGAAUAGCUAGUUGAGCUACUUGCGUCAUCAGUCUUUCGUCCAUAUCAGCCACCGUGUUGUAGACCGGCAUCUGAUUCAGCCUGGCUAUGACAUGAGUUGUUGGAAAUCCAUGCCCUCAUUUGGUGAUGCAUCAUUCCCUUGCACAAAGAAACUUCCGGCAGGUCCCAAAAACGAAUUGUAUCAAUAACGUUUUUUUAUCAAUAGCACCUUGUCUUCUUUGCUGUAUUUUACUACUUGCAGGUUCCUUCUCGACAAUGCAACAACAAUAAGAAAUAAUAAAAGAUAAGAAUACGAACAUAAAGUAAAUGGCAGUAGAAUAUAAUAAAUAUUUAGCAUAAACAGACGCAACUUUGUUUUUUUUAUCCAGUCGGAUAAACACUCCAAACGGUCUACCCAACAGCCCGGAGGCGUCCGCAUGAUCCUAAAGCACAGCAUUGCCUCAUUUUGUAUCACAUUCCAAUGAUAAAACUGUGGGGGACAAAAAUGCAAUUUCGGAAUGUCCCCAGUACGCCCCUGAGCAUCAGUAUAAUACAGUUCAGAAACUGUCUCUGCGGCUGUUGGUAUCCGACCUCAUGCACCGAUACCAUCUGCCGACAGUAAGGGAGAUAAACGCUCAUGGCUGGGGUGUAUGGGGUCCUAGAUGAUGCUGCGUGCCUUCCUUGGGCACUGUUUCGAGUAGAUGUCCUGUAUGGGUGGGAGCACGGUCCCAGUGAUGUACUGGGCCGUCUUCACCGGCUGGAGGGCCUUGCGCUUGUGGACGGAGCAAUUCCCAUACCAGGCCGUGAUCAAACCAGUCAGGAGGCUCUCGAUGGUGCAGCGGUAGUAUUUGGAAAGCAGUGAAAAGCAGAUUACUCCAUCACACACCGGACGGACAACCAUGUACUGCAAUGUCAGAAUGAAGUUAACAAAAUGCAAGGGAGUAUUUGGACACAGGCGAAGACCAAGGCAGAGAGGAAAACAAUAAAGACUGAAACUGGGGCCAGAGCUACUUAAAUUGACACAUUUCAUGCCCAUAGACAUGGCUGUAGUGGACCAUAUGCAUAAUGUUUUACUGGGGAAUAUUGGUGUGCUGAAUGAUGUAAUACUAAGAAAUAUUCAGCUUAAAGUUGAUGCACCUGGAGACAUGGGCCAACUACCUGCUAAAAUCUCAAAUCUCCUCAGGGUUUUCUCAUUUCAAUGCACAAGAAUGGAAAAAUUGGACAUGCGUUUACUUCUUAUUCACUCUGAAGGGACUUGAAAGACAGCAGAUAGCCUAGCAGUUAAGAGCGAUGGGCCAGUAACGAAAAAGGUUGCUGGUUUGAAUCCCCGAGCCGAGAAGGUGAAA